CGUAUCGUUGUAUUCUUGCAACGCCCGCAAAGAUUAACUCGAUUGCAAAUAUGGAGAAACACCAAGCAGUCCAAGACGAAAAGCCAGCCACGCAUUUCGAAGAGAACCCCGAGCUUAGGCCGGAAAAGACACCCGCUGUUCUCGAAAAUGCAGACUACACCGGUGCAGAGGCGAAGACAGAUCCGGCAGAGAUCGCGCUGCCGACAUUGUGCACGAUGUAUUUCCUCAACUACGUUGAUGUGUACUUACAUGGUACUUCUAAUGCGAUAGAUAGAAAUGCAAUCGCACAAGCUCGUCUCAAUAACCUCGAGAAGGAUCUGGGAAUGAGUGGGGUGCAAUUCAACACCACGGUCAGCAUCCUCUUUGUCGGUUAUGUCAUUAUGCAAAUCCCUUCAAAUAUGCUCAUAACUCGUAUCAAGCCGGGCAUAUACAUGAGCGCGUGGAUGGCCAUAUGGGCUGUUGUAUCAGCUUGCACGGCGUUAGUGCAAAGUUUUGGAGGGCUAGUAGCCUGUCGGUUCUUUUUAGGAAUCACGGAAUUCUAUCCAGGAGCAACGUACAUGCUCUCCAUUUUUUACACGCGAAAAGAGGUUGCUACACGUAUUGCAAUGCUCUACUGUGCACAGAUUCUAGCAACCGGUUUCUCCGGUCUAAUCGCAGCUGGUGUCUUUGCUGGAAUGGACGGUGUCCGUGGCAUAGCUGGGUGGCGCUGGCUAUUCAUUGUCGAAGGCGCAGUAACCGGCCUAGUAGCCAUCUUCGGCUUCUUUCUCCUACCAAAUACACCUCUCACUACAUCAUGGUUGAAACCCCAGGAGCGCGAAAUGGCUCACGCACGUAUGGAGCGCGAUAGGAUCGGCGACUCGCUCGAGCAGGUCAGUAUGAUGGAGGGCUUAAGGCAGGCGUGCAGGGACAAGCGGACGUGGCUAUUUUGCUUUAUGCAGAAUUUCCAUUUGAGCGCCUGUUCAUUCAAUUCUUUCUUCCCGACCGUCGUAAAGACCCUUGGUUUCAACAGAACCAUCACCCUCGUUCUUACAUGUCCGCCGUUUAUUAUGGCUGGCGCAGCAGGCAUCUUGACGGGAUGGAGUUCUGGUCGCAUGCAUGAGCGUACUUGGCAUAUAACUGGUGGGCUUCUUGUUGCUAUUGUGGGCUUCGUUAUCGCAGCCAGCACAUUGAAUACCGCAGGACGGUAUAUAGCCUGCUUCAUCUUCCCAAUUGGCGCAUACUCCGUCAACUCGGUCAUUAUCGGUUGGGCAUCUUCUACUCUAGGCCAAACAAAGGAGAAGAAAGCGGUUGUACUUGCUAUGACGAAUGUUGGGGGCCAGAUUGGCUACAUAUAUGGCGCGUAUCUGUGGCCAGACUACGAUGAGCCACGGUACGGUAUUGGCUUCGGCGCAUCCGCUGCAUUUGCGCUAUGUUCGAUUGCUUGCGCUUGGGUCAUCCGUACGAUGCUUAUCAUGGAGAACCAAAGGCUCAAAGCCUCAACGAAUGAGCGUGUCAAUCUGUACGGGUACUGA